AUGAACACAACAGUGCUAAUAAAGGAUAUAUUUUUGAAACUCUACCUUCACUGCGACAGGGUCCAAUUUAACCAUUUUUAUCAAUGUUACUGCAUCAAUAAGCACAACGGGUUCAAUAGCAUUGCCAACUUACCUAUCCUGUCAACUCUAAACAACUCUAUCUUCUUUUCAACAGAAUCAGAUUCAGCCAUGCCAACUGAUGUUACCAAAGCAAUGGAUGCAACAGCUCCGAGUUGGCAAUCAAUUGUUGGAACUGAGGCCACCACACCAAUAAAUGCACCAUCAGGGUCCGAUUCAAUGAUUCCAUCUGAUGGCGCGACAGCAAUGAACGCAACGGAGUCACACUCAGCCAUGCCAACUGAUGUUACCAAAGCAUUGAACGCAACGGGGCCGGAUUCAAACAUUCCAACUGACGUCACCACAGCAUUGAACGCAACAGCAGGGUCCGAUUCAAUGAUUCCAUCUGAUGAAGAGACAGCAAUGGACGCAACGGGUCCGUUUUUCCAUCCUGGGGAGACUUUUUUUAUCUUCGAUUAA